AGUGAGUGAGUGCCUCGUAGAUCUGUAUGGUCAUCACUAGCCCAUGCUAAUGAACCCUUUCUUGAGAAUAACACCACAACACUACUAGUACACUCAGAAAAACAAAAACAAAAACAAAAGAGAGAGAAAACAAAACAAAGCACCAUUCUGAGUUGUGAGUUGAGUCUCUCUUGCAAAGCUUAUCCAAGAACUUCAAUGGGCGAGGAAGAGAAGAAACCUACAGAAGAAGUGAAAAAAACUGAGGAAGAGAAGAAAGAGGAGGCUCCUCCAAAAGGUGAAAAACCAAGCGGUGAUCAAAAGGCAGAUGAAAAGAAAACUGAAGAAUGCAAAGAUGCUCCUCCACCACCGCCUCAAGAAAUUAUCUUGAGAGUUUACAUGCAUUGUGAAGGUUGUGCUCGUAAAGUCCGUAAAUCCCUUAAAGGCUUUCAAGGAGUUGAGGAUGUUUUGACUGACUGCAAGACACAUAAGGUAGUGGUGAAAGGUGAAAAAGCAGAUCCAAUGAAGGUUCUAGAAAGAGUGCAAAAAAAGAGCCACCGUCAAGUUGAGCUUCUUUCUCCGAUCCCAAAACCACCAGCUGAAGAACCAAAGAAGCCGGAAGACGUGAAAGAAGUUGUUAAACCCGAAGAGAAAAAAGAGGAGCCCCCUCAAGUGAUUAUAGUAGUUCUGAAAGUUCACAUGCAUUGUGAGGCUUGUGCUCAAGAAAUCAAAAGGCGUAUACAAAAAAUGAAAGGUGUGGAGAGUGCAGAACCAGACUUGAAGAACUCACAAGUGACAGUAAAAGGGGUUUUUGAGGCAACACAACUGGUGGAUUAUGUAAGCAAAAGAACAGGCAAAAGGGCAGUUAUAGUUAAAGUAGAACCAGAGAAGAAAGAAGAGGAAAAACCCAAAGAAGGAAAUGAAGAGAAGAAAGCCGAGGAAGGUGAAAAAGCCGCCAAAAAAGGCGAGGAAGGAGACAAAAAGGCGGAGGGUGGCGGUGCCGCUGCAGCCGGUGGUGGUGCUGAAGAAACUGCUGGUGGUAAAGAGGAAGUUGUUCAAGAAGAUCCAAAAUUCGAAAUGAGAAGGCAUGAGCUUUACCACUAUUACCCACAGCAGAACUAUCAGGUUUACCCUCAAAGAUAUGCACAUGAAAUGUAUGCUGCAUAUCCUCCACCUCCACAAAUGUUUAGUGAUGAGAACCCCAAUGCAUGUUCUGUGAUGUAAAUUAGGUUUAACAUGAAGGGUAUAUGUGGAAAAUAGGGAGUUGUGGUCACAUGGGAAAUGUCCACGGCCAUUUCUGCAACUUGUUGUUUAUGGUGGUGCUCUACAUGUGGCCCUGUCUGGGGGGUUCCUUAGUAUAAGUCUGCAGGCAAAAAGACUAUAGAAUUUUGUGAGCACUUUGUACCUUUUUCUGGUUUUCUUUUAUUAUAAUCAUGUUGUUAUAUAUAGUAUAUUACUACA